CUUUUCUUUUCUUAAAUUCCUUUCUUUUUUUUAUCAUUUGUCUUGAUUUCUUUUUUUAUUUUUUUUUUUCAAUUAAACAAAGGAAUAUAUUUCAGAAAUAAUGGGUGAUGAUUAUGAAAAUAUAGAAUGGAAUGUUCACGCCACAAGCAAUUCUUUGACACCAUUAGGAGAUACGCCAGAUCCUUUAUCUUCCUAUGAUACCCCAUACAACAACCAGUUUUUACCUACUUCUUCACCUUUAUACCCUGACCAAAAUCCAUUGCAUAACUCAUUUUCAACUUCGUCCCAUGUCUCAUCUUUUAAUAAUGACGAAACAUUCGAUACUCCAACACCAAGAGUCGCAGUAACAACGACAACAACAACAUCCAAUUCACCACCAUCAUCACCAGUAACAAGAUGGACUCAUCAUCAUUCUCCAGUUCCAACGCGUACUCCAGAAUCUUUUACUAACUAUCAGGUAGAUAAUAAUAUAUACUCGCCACCACAACCAAAAUCCGCCAAGCCAAUGAUUAUUCGUAUCGGAGAUGCCCAGAAACACUCAGAUGGCACUCAAGGAGCAUAUGUGUCCUAUUUGAUCACAACAACGACUUCUGUAGAUAUCUUUUCUUCCACCAAUCCACGUCCCGUUCGACGAAGGUUUCAAGAUUUCGUUUGGUUAUAUAACUCGUUAUCUUUGGAAUAUCCUGCUUGUAUUAUUCCUCCUUUACCUGAAAAACAUCGUCUUGAAUAUAUUAAAGGGGAUAGAUUUAGCUCUGACUUUAUUGAACGACGGAUGUUAUGCUUACAAUGGUUCUUGGAUAGAAUAGCAAGACAUCCAAUUCUUCAGCAAUCACAAUGUACUCGUUUGUUUUUGGAAUCUUCUGAUUUUAAAAAUGAUAAACGUGCUCAAUCGAAACAUAUGCCUCCCACUACUACUGUAUUAGAGUCUUUAAGUGAUACAUUACUAAAUGCAUUUGCCAAGGUUAAGAAACCUGAAGAACGAUUUACCACUAUGAAAGACAACAUUGAUAAAUUAGAGGAUAAUCUCAAUACUGUGGAACGGUUAUAUACAAGGAUUGGAAAGCGGCAACAUGAUUUACAGCAAGAUUACACCAGUUUUGGACAAAGUAUUCAAGGAUUAUCUGCAUUGGAAUCUGGUAUUCACCAACCUCUUCAUCAAUUUGCUGAGACCACCAAAGCAUAUGCCAAGGCUAUGAAAACUAGGUCUGAUCAAGAAGAAAUACUGUACCUGAAUCAAAUUCAUGAAUUAUUAUCUUAUUGUCGAUCUGCCAAGGCAGUACUCCGGGUCAGAGAUCAAAAGCAAGUUGAUUUUGAAGAAUUAUCAGCCUAUUUACAACAAACAAUUCAAGAAAAAGAAAGAACAAAGUAUCCUGGCCGAUCUCUUAGUGAAGGGGGAUCAUUACAUAUUUCAGAAAUGGUGAUAGAUAAGAUCAAAGAAGUUCGUGGUGUAGAUAUGGAACAGGCAAGGAGGGAGAAGCUAGUACGAUUAGAAAUGAAGAUCAAGGAAUUACAAGAUGAAGUGGCAAGAACCAAUGAUAUCUCUCAUGAAUUCUCGGAACAAGUGGUGGAUGAAUUUAGUCUCUUUCAACAAUGCAAAACCAAUGACAUCAAGCGUGGAUUUUCUGCUUAUGCAGAUUCACAUAUUGAAUUUUAUCAAAAAGGUAUUUCUAUUUGGGAAAAGAUCUUGCCUACAUUGGAAGCAAUAGAAGUAGAUGACAAUAAAGCCCAAGUGGAUGAAAAUCAACAACAACGACAGGACAAGAAUGACAAGACUAGAACCUUUAGUGAUAACGAUGAUGAUUAGUAUCAAUUAAUUGUUUAGAUGACCCGUUUUCUUUUUCUUUUUUUUUUUUUUU